UUAUGAGUUUUGACAUUACCUUGAAGAGGUUAUAAAAUACAUAAACAAAAUAUAAAUGCAUACGAAGAUCGUUUUCAUAUUUCCUCUUACAGUAUAAUAACGUUUUAUUUAUAAAAAAAAAGACAAUGACUAGUAAACCUAACUCUAAAAGAACGAUAUAUGUGGGUGGUUUAGCCGAGGAAGUUGAUGAAAAAGUUUUAAAUGCAGCAUUUGUACCAUUCGGCGAUUUGGUGGAUGUACAAAUACCUUUGGAUUAUGAAACAGAAAAGCACCGGGGUUUCGCUUUUAUUGAAUUUGAGAACGCCGAAGAUGCCGCUGCUGCUAUUGACAAUAUGAAUGACUCCGAGCUGUUUGGUCGUACAAUACGAGUGAACAUCGCAGCGCCUCAACGGAUUAAGGAAGGUUCAACUCGCCCCGUCUGGUCUGAUGACAGCUGGCUUCAGAAACAUGCCGGAGAGACAUUGAAACUGGAUAAAGAUGCUGCUGAUGACGCUGACAUGGAGAAAACGGAAGCUGGUUCAAAUGGAAUCCCAGCAAAACCAGCAGAGAAGCGGAAUCCACAAGUGUACUUUGAUGUAACAGUAAACAGGCAAGAGAUUGGCCGUAUAAUAAUGAUGCUGAGAGCAGAUAUAGUGCCCAGGACUGCGGAGAACUUUAGGGCCUUGUGUACACAUGAAAAGGGCUUUGGGUACCAGGGCAGCAGUUUUCACAGGAUUAUACCAGAAUUUAUGUGUCAAGGUGGAGAUUUUACAAAUCAUAAUGGAACAGGUGGCAAAUCUAUAUAUGGGAAUAAAUUUGAAGAUGAAAACUUCACACUAAAACACACAGGGCCUGGCAUUUUGAGUAUGGCUAACUCUGGCCCCAAUACAAAUGGAUCACAAUUCUUUCUUUGCACAGCCAAGACAGAAUGGUUGGACGGGAAACACGUGGUGUUUGGUCAUGUUAUAGCAGGCAUGGAUGUAGUGAAGAAGAUGGAGCGGUUUGGAAGCAAAGGCGGGUCUGUUUCAGCCAAAGUGGUUAUAAGCAACUGUGGAGAAUUACAAUGAUUUAGAUUUA